CGUUGUUGACACCCGUCAGUCAGUGAUGGCCGUGUCCGUGUCCGUGGUCUUUGUGCUUUUCAAGGGUUCCGCCGCUACCGUCGUCGCCGUCGUCGAUGAGAACAACACACUGCCGUUUUGUUGAACGAGAGCAAAAUUUUUUUUUCAUUUAUUCCACGUGAUCACAAAUUUUGCUCGUUUUUUUUUUUUUUUCUUACAUAUCGACACGUCUCAACACUGUUAUUUUUGUUAUGGUCAUUGUAAUUGGUUUUAUUUUUUCGUUUCAUUAAUUUGUUUCGGUUUCGCGUCGUCACCACACCUCCGGGGAAGUCGGUUGUCGCUAGAGAUUUUCGUGCGAGACGAUAAUUGCAAUCAUGUCCAACGACGAUCUGCGUUAGUGAUUAUUACGCGCGCGCAUCCGUUGUUUACGUGUCACUUGGAACUCGGCACCGUGUCUUGUCCGGAGGAGGUUCACCGCGAAUCGCAGAAGCCGCUCCGAAACACCACCACCACCACCACCACCACCACCAUCAUCAUGACCAGAAGGAAGCAACACUGCCCGAAACGGAUGAAAUGGGAAGGCGGUGAAGGCGAAGAACCGCCCGCGGGAUACCAGGAAGACGACGGCGGUUGUCCCGAAGACGACGAGGACGAAGAGGAGGAAGAAGAAGAAGAGGGCGUGUCCGGCGGAUCGUCCGGCUCGCCUCCGAGAUCUCCAAUCCCGUCGAGUACGGACGUCGAACAGGAUCCGGCCAACGAACGUCUACCUCUGAGAGAGACGAACAGUCCGUUCAAGAUGAGCAGAGAAUCGCCCAGGAGCGAGUCCAGCUUGCCGCCGUACGAAGUACCGUUAUUGGCCACCGUGUCACCGGGCCGUUCGCCGCCCGCUGCGGACGCGUUGGACUUCAGCACGAAGCGACCGGCCAGUCCACCGCCAGCGCUGUGUUCGAUCCCCGCGGCCAUGAACCUGAGCAGCAGUAGCAGCGGCAACAACAAUGACGACUCGCCUAUCGACCUGACCAUCAGGAGCAAGAAGAUCAAACUAGACCCUUCGCCGUCGCACGACGUCUACACCAGGAUGAGCAGGCCUUGGGCGCAGUACACGCCGCCGUCGAUCCGGCCCAUGGCCAGGGCGGACAUGAUGACGCCGCCGAGCGAGCCGCAACCGCCGCCGCCGCCUCCCGUACACAUGUGGAACGGCAGCAAGCAGCAUGGCAAGAUGCCGUCGUACGGCGGCUCGUACCCGUCGGCGGCCAGCGAUGCGACCAAGGCGCUGGAGAAGAUGUGCGAGCUGAGCAAAUUGCAGGAUGAACCGAGGACGGUGCUGGCGCCCAGCUCUGGCCGGCAUAGCGCGUGGCAGUCACAUUGGCUGAACAAGGGCGCGGACCAGACCAAAGACGUGCUCAAGUGCGUAUGGUGCAAGAUGAGCUUCCCCACGUUGCAGGCCAUGUCCACGCACAUGGCCGAGACAAAGCAUGGCACGGCGGCCGCGCAGAGCCUGCAACCGCCGCCGCUUCCGCCGCCGCCGCCACCACCCUCGGUGUCCGCGUCCGCCGGCCACAAGAGCAACGAUCUCAACAUGCUGAUCAAGGAAACGAUGCCGCUGCCGCGAAAGCUGGUCCGCGGCCAGGACGUGUGGCUCGGCAAAGGCGCGGAGCAGACGCGGCAGAUACUCAAGUGCAUGUGGUGCGGCCAGAGUUUCAGGUCGCUGCAAGAGAUGACCACGCACAUGCAGCAGACGCAGCACUACACCAACAUCAUUUCGCAGGAGCAGAUCAUAUCGUGGAAGUCCGCGGACGAGAACAAGUCCUCGUCGGGCGGUGGGAGUGGCGGGGCCACGGCGAGCGCGACGUCGACCAGCUCGCCGGCCGGCUCGGCCAACGCUUCGUCAUCGGCGAACCACGUGAGCGCGGUACUGACGUGCAAGGUGUGCGAUCAGGCGUUCAACUCGCUCAAGGAGCUAAGCGUACACAUGGUGAAGAACUCGCAUUACAAGGAGCACAUGAUGCGGUCGAUCACGGAGGGCAGCAACCGGCGCCGGCAGACGCGCGAGAAGCGCAAGAAAUCGCUGCCAGUGCGCAAACUGUUGGAGCUGGAACGCGCGCAGCACGAGGUGAAAAACGGUGACGGUGGCGGCGGUUACGCGUCCGCGUUCAAAGGCGACGUGGCCUCCAACCACCGGCUGGGUAGGAUCAUAUGCGAGAAGUGCGGCGAAAAGGUGGACGUUGCCGGCUUCAUGGAGCAUUUGCGCGUGUGCGUGACGAUGACGGCGGAUCAGAAGAAUCUGCUGAAGACUGCGCUCAUGUCCACGUCGUCUUCGUCGUCGUCCGCAGCGGCGGCUGCUGCGGCCGAAUCGGGCCGCGACAAGAGACCAAAGAAAGGAGAGGACAGAUCUCAAGCGGCCGCGGCCGACCUGUCGAUGAACAAACCGGUAGCGGCGUCUGCGGGCGGCACGUCGUCGCCUUCCGUGCUCAACGCCAUCGAGAAGCUGAUCGAGAAGAGUUUCGACUCGCGACUGCGGUACGGCACGUCGGCCACGGGCGCGUCCAUCGGUGAGAGCAUACUGAAGCGAUUGGGCAUCGACGAGAGCGUGGACGCCACCAAGCCCAUCAUGGACAUGCAAGCGAUGAACCUGUUGCGCAGCUACCAGUCGCUAGGCCGGCACGAGCGUAGCGGCAGCGAGUCCAGCUCCAUGUCUCCCGAGCUGGCCGCCAUGCGCAGCGACUCGACCACGCCGGACCGCAAGUACGAGUCCGCGGACUACCAGCGCAUGCGGUCGGUCACGCCCAAGUCGACGCCCGAACGGCACCACUCGCCCAAGGCGUCGUCGGUGAAGAGUCACGACGCGGCGCCGGAAGGCAAGAGCGACGCGGCCACGGACGACUGCGGUGCCGAGUUCGAGUUGAAGAAGGAGUACGCGGACGAGGACGACGCGUCGUCCUCGGUCGCGGCCAAGAGCCCUGGCGACCAUCAGCAGCGCGUCCGGAGUCGCGGCUCCGCGGAGGACGAGACGAACGGAUCGAGCCGAGGCCCGACCCCGACGAGCGUGUGUAAGAGCCCGUGUAGCCCGGCCGGCAGUGACAAGUCGGCCGAGCACGGGGGUGGUGGCAAAAAGACACCGGCCACCACCACGUCCAGCCUGGGCGCGCUGUCCUCCAUGUUUGAGAGCUUGACGUCCGUGGCCAACGGCGGCGUCGGCGGAGGUUCUUCCACGGCCACCGGUGAGGGUGCCGGCGGCGGUAGCAAGGGCGGCGGCAGCGGUGUCAGCAGCCACCCGCUUGCCGCACUCCAGAAGCUGUGCGACAAGACGGAGAACCACCACCAUCAUCACCACCGCAGCAAUAACGAGCAUCAUCACCGGCCCAGCAGCCGGUCGUCGUCGAACGCGUCGGCCACCAACGGGGCAGCGGGUCCCGCGCAGUCCAUGUCGCCGCCCGCGUCCAUCACCGGCAGCACCGCGCCCGGUGCCAUCCUCGCGUUCAGCUGGGCGUGCAACGACGCCGUGGUCACGGCCGAUUCGAUCAUGAAAUGCGCGUUCUGCGACACGCCGUUCAUAUCCAAGGGCGCGUACCGCCAUCACCUGUCCAAAGUGCACUUCGUCAAGGAGGGCAUCACGCCCGAGCCGAUCAUGCUGAAACCGGCGUCUGCGGCGUCCUCGUCGUCGUCCGCGUCCGCGCCGCCCGCGCACUCGCCUUCGCCGUCGCCGUCGCCGUCGUCGUCGCACAACAAGACGUCACCCCAUCACAACAGCAACGCCACCAACAACCAUCACAGCAGCAGCAACAACAACAACAACAACAAUAACAACAACAACAACAGCAGCAGUAACAACAACAACAAUGGGUCGCCGUCCACGUCGGCCGCGGGCGCCAAGAGCCCCGAAACCAAGAACGGCGGCUAUGACGAAAGCCCGCACUCGAAGUUCCUCAAGUACACCGAGUUGGCCAAACAGCUGUCCAGCAAAUACGUCUAGUCAGUGCACGUUGUAUACGAUUAUUUAACAAACCUUCCUACCCCCAACCCCCACCCCACUCAAUGUUCGCGGGUGUUGUUAUUAUUAUUAUUAUUAUUAUUAUUAUUAUUAUUAUUAUUAUUAUUACGAUAAAACGCGUUGUUCUCCUCCCUUCCCUCGUCUGCGGUGGUGCAUCGCUACCGCAAGAGUUCAGUAACUACACAUUACUACUAAACUAUAUAUUAUAUUUACUACGAUUAUAUUAUACUACUACUACUACUACUACUACUACUAGACGCUUAGCGUGAUGACGGAUAAUUUAAUGAAAAAAAAAAAUUUUUUUUGUUUAAAAAAAUCUUAAAAAAAAAAAUCGUAUCGUUUUUUUUCCCACAUUACAGUAUCACGAUAUUAUACAUAUUCAUAAUCUUCCACGCGAUGUACGCGAAUCCUGGUGUUCAACACUCACGUUGUACCUUAAAUACACAUGUAUACGCCGUUAGAAAACAAUAACAAUAAUAAUUCUCGUAAUUUAUUUAAAUUUUUAUAUUUUUUUUUCCCCGUUAAUUUACAUUUAUAUAUUUACGAAAGAGAAUGUUAUCGUGUUCUACUCGCGCGCGCGUUCACUCCGACGUGUCUGCGCGUGAUACAUAGGCUAGCAACAUUUUUAUUGAAUCAUAUAUAUAUAUUUAUACAUACACUGUGUUAAUUUGUUUAGCAUAAUAUAUUUGUAUUAACUACAUUGAAUACGUUUUCUGCUCAUACGCUGUACAAGUGUCCUGUGUUAAGUACGGAUAUUAUAUAAGUAUUGAUUAUUUUGUAAAUUUAAGAGUAUAACAUUUUUAAAAGGCUGUCACGUCAACUAUGUAUAACGAUUAAUGCUUAAGUGUAGAGUUAAUUAUUAAUUUAAUCAAUGAUACAUAUAUAUAUAUAUAUACAUACAUAUAGGUUAUAAGUUCGUGUAUUCGUCAUUUUUCCGGUCGUAGGCGACGUCGUUUCCGUCACGGAAACCAUUCCAUGAUGUGCGUACUACGAAAAUUAAUAAAAAAGAAAUAAAUAAAAAACGUUGUUUAAUAGCGUGCAAUGCAUUCGGCGUGGCCAAAGCGCGUAAACGAGAUAAAACAUCGGUGCCCGAAAACGUAUACGAUCACAACCGUUGCAGUGCGGACGAACGAGAAAACAUCAAACAUACGUAGACACCUACGCAAAACUCGACGGUACUUGAUCGGUCUCGCGACGAUUCGCGCGAUUUUCACGCCGUUCCUCGCGUUUUUUUUUUUUUAAGAUUUUUUUUCUUAUUCCACCCCCUCCCCCUCUUUCUUUCCUUGAGCUAUAUUAUUAAUCAGCAGCCAGUAUAAGCAAAAUAGUUACCAUUUAAAUAAUUUUAUUAGUUUUGUUGGUUAUUAUUUAUCGUGAGGGGAAUGUUUUAAAUACUU